AUGGUACCGAUACUGCUGAGCGUGAUCGUCUGGGGAAAGAAGCUGGCCGGCUUGAAAGUUGUCUUCCAUUGCGACAAUGCCGGCGCCACGCACGCUUGGGAAAACCUCAGAUCAACUAACCGCGGGGUGCUGGAUAUCAUGCCAAAGCCGCUUCCGACGACUAGCGCCACAGGCAGAGCUACAUCCGGUGGACUGUCCCGACAUCUUUCCGGAUCUCAGGGCAGCCCUCUGCCAUCCCCAGAGCUGAAUGAGUUGCUACAGGCUCAUAUUGCUGAAUCUACCCGAGCCACGUACAAUGCUGCAUUCAACAAGUUCCAGCAAUAUUGCGCGGUUAGAUCGGAGGCAUCCCUGCCCGCUAAGCCGGCAACUGUUGCGGAAUUUGUAGCGAAAUUAUACGCAGAUAGUAAAUGUUAUCGGACAGCCACGGUUUACCUUGCCGGCAUCCGGAAUCGCCACCGUGAAUUUAAUGAAGCAAGCCCCACGGACAACGACACCGUUCUUAGGGCUCUGGAAGGCUAUCGCCGUCUGGCAGCGCCACAAAAAGACCGGCGGCUCCCGGUGACACUGGCGCACAUGCGAUAUCUGAAGGACGCUUUGAGAGUGGCCCGCAUAUCAGAGUACGAACAGUCACUGUACUGGACGACGUUCACUUUCCUGUUCUUCGGCUUCUUCCGCAUUGGAGAAAUAACAGCAGCCGCUACUAACCGUUUUGACCCACGGCGGACUUUGUUAUGGGGGGACAUAGUGGAUGUUGGCCACCGCCUAACGGUGCAGCUGAAGCUCACAAAGACGGACCAGACGGGGCAGGGUAGUUCUGUCGCGCUGACGGCGACUGGACGUUCAGUCUGCCCCGUGCAGGCUUACCGGAAUUACCGUGCUCGCGUGCCCGAGCCUGCGAACGAGCGGCCGCUGUUGCAGCGCGAAGACGGCAAGUUCGUGACAAGGGCAGACGUGGAGAAGUGCCUCUUUCGCCUUCUCACGGAUCACCCGGAGAGAGACCGGAUCAGCACGCACAGUUUCCGCAUUGGUGCGGCAACUACGGCCGCGGCCAAUAACGUGCCUGACCAUGCCAUCCAACUGGCCGGACGCUGGCGGAGCAACUGUUACACCCGCUACAUUCGCCACGCUGGGCCACCCGUGCCACUGAAUCCUUACCGGACCGGAUAG